UCCUUGUCCUCGCUCGCUUGCUCACACCGCGCGUUCGCGAACCCCCGCCGCGCCAUGCCGCCGAAGCGCGCGUGCCGCCUCGCGCUGCUGGCCGCGGCGGCGGCGUACCUGCUCUUCCUCCUGCUCUUCGAGCUCCCCUCCUUCGCCGUCUCCACCGCGUCGCCCCGCCACGCGCACGCCGCCGCCACGCACCGCGCCCGCCGCCGCGAGCUCGAGGCGGCGGCCUCCGCGCUCCGUUCGCCCUCCCCGCUCCGCCCGCACAAGAGCGCCUUCCCCCGCCUUCCCCCGCUCGCCGUCUCGUCCGUCCGCUUCCACCGCCCCAACUCCUCCUCCUCCUCCUUCGACGCCUCCGCCUCCGCCGCCUUCGCCGCCGCGCGGCCCCACCUCGCGCACCUCCUCUCCUAUUCAAAUUCCGCCUCCCCGUCGCCGUCCCCAUCCGCCGCCGCCUCGGCCUCCUCCUGCCCCGCGACGGUCUCGGCGCCCGGGGACCGGCUCGCGAGCGGCGGCGCGGGAGUGGUGGCCGUGGAGCUGCCGUGCGGGAUGGCGGUGGGGUCGCGCGUCACGGUGGUGGCGCGGCCGCGGGCGGCGCGGGCCGUCGGGGAGCCGAGGAUCGCGGCGCGGAGAGAGGGGGGCGCGCCAGUGAUGGUGUCGCAGUUCAUGGUCGAGCUCCUGGGCACCAAGGCGGUGCAGGGGGAGGAGCCGCCCAGGGUGCUGCACUUCAACCCCAGGAUCCGCGGGGACUUCAGCGGCCGCCCCAUCAUCGAGCUUAACACGUGCUACCGGAUGCAGUGGGCGCAGCCGCAGCGGUGCGAGGGGUUCGCGUCACGGCCGGACGAGGAUACCGUUGACCGGGAAUUGAAGUGUGAGAAAUGGAUCCGGGAUGAUUACAGCAACUCAGAAGACUCAAAGAUGAAAUCGUGGUUGAACCAUUUGAUUGGUAGGCCGAGCAUCGAUUGGCCAUACCCAUUUGCAGAGGGCAAGCAAUUUGUUCUGACCAUAACAGCUGGUCUGGAAGGCUACCAUGUCAGUGUUGAUGGCCAGCAUAUCACAUCGUUCCCUUACCGCACUGGUUACAAUCUGGAGGAUGCAACGGAAUUGUCUUUGAAAGGAGACCUUGAUGUUGAGUCCAUCUUCGUUGCUCAUUUGCCCAGUUCACCUCCUAGUUUCUCUCCACAGAGUUAUCUCGAGAUGUCUGAACAGUGGAAGGCUUCACCCUUACCAACUGAACCUGUGGAGCUUUUUAUUGGCAUCCUUUCAGCUGCUAACCAUUUUGCUGAGCGUAUGGCAAUUCGAAAGUCAUGGAUGAUUUCUACCAGGAGAUCAUCUAAUGUUGUUGCUCGCUUCUUUGUGGCUCUGAAUGGAAAAAAUGAGGUAAAUGAAGAGCUGAUGAAGGAGGCGGAGUACUUUGGGGACAUCGUUAUAGUGCCAUUCAUGGACAACUAUGAUCUUGUUGUUCUGAAAAUCAUUGCCAUCGUCGAGUAUGGGGUGAGGGUUGUUCCUGCAAAGCACAUAAUGAAAUGCGACGAUGAUACAUUUGUCCGAAUUGAAUCUGUUUUAGAUCAAGUAAAGAAGGUCCAAAGUGGGAAGAGCAUGUAUGUAGGAAAUAUAAACUACUACCACCGGCCUUUACGGUCUGGGAAAUGGUCUGUCACAUAUGAGGAAUGGCCAGAGGAAGUAUAUCCUCCUUAUGCUAAUGGACCUGGCUACGUGAUUUCAUCAGAUAUCGCUCAAUACAUUUUAUCUGAGUUUGAUAACAAGGCAUUAAGACUAUUCAAGAUGGAAGAUGUCAGUAUGGGCAUGUGGGUUGAGAAGUUCAAUGCCACCCGUCAGCCUGUAGAGUAUUUGCAUGAUGUCAGGUUCUACCAGCCUGGUUGCUUUGAUGGUUACUUCACCGCGCACUACCAAUCCCCACAGCACAUGAUUUGUUUGUGGAGAAAGUUGCAAGCUGGAAGCGCUCAGUGCUGCAACGUGAGAUGACAACGGCUACCGCAUCCCUGGAGAGCAGAUUGAUCAUUGUGCACUUCAUCGAGAGACAACACAAGGAUGAGUUUGAGGCAUAACUCUCUGGGCUUCGUCAGUUGUCACCAUUUAUUCGUUCAUUCUUUUGGUCAGUGGUUGAUUCAGCUGCUGAUGCUAACACUGGAGAUCCAUUUUCCUAUAACUGUUUCUGUACAUGUCAAAUUUAUUUGACCUAGCUAGGAUAAGAGCUUGAUGGUUGUUUAUGUAAUUGUUGUAUACCCACCAUUCUUGUAUAUACCAUCUUGUGUGUUGACGGCUACGAGAAUUACUAGCUUUCGGCUGAUGAGGUUAUUUUUGGUUUAAA